AUGUUCCCCCCCCUUGUGCCAGUCCCCCCCCCUACUGUUGCCCCUCAGGUCUGGCACCCGACCCUCCGCCGCACCGGACUGGUCCAUGGCCGACGGCCGCUGCGUGUGGCACGGCGCGCGCGGGUUUGCAAAGGAGAGGUGUGCCGUGGGGCGGUGGCGGUGCGCGGCCAGCGGGUGCUCGAGCUGGGCUGCGGCCUGGGCGUGGCCGGCCUGGCCUGCGCGCGCGGGGGCGCGGAGGCGGUGCUCCUCAGCGACUACGACGAGGACGUGCUGCGGGCGUGCCGCAGGAGCGCCGAGCUGAGCGGCCUGACAGCGUCACCGACACGCUCCGCCUCGACUGGGCCGAGGCCGUUGCGGGCGCGCCCCUGGACGACCGCCUGA